AAAAAACAUUGUAUACAAGUUUCUUUAAUUAAAACUUCUAUAUAAGCAUAUCAUGUGAAAGAAGUCUUAUAACAAUAAUGGCAUCACCAGAAAAAAACACAACUAUUACAUCACAGCAAAAGAGCACAACUCCUGACUUAAAAAUUAAACCUAGUCGACCACUAACAUUACCGCAUCCAACUUUACCAAGUGUACAAAAACAUUUUGAGUUUCUGCAACCUUUAUCAUCAAAAAAAGUUCGUUGGUUUUUUCAAGAGGAAAAAAAGUGGAUUCCUUUUAAUGGCAGUGAUUCAUUAAAAAUUGAGACUAUAUUUAGAUCUCUCCCUCCUGAUAUGCAGUCACCAUCAUUUAGUUCUACAAAUAUUAAUAUUGCAGUAGAAUUACCUGUUGUCAGAGGCUCUUUGUUUGAAGUCAAUAUUUUGAAUCGAGAAUGCAUUUCUAUUUUUUGGAAAGAAAAUAAUAUACCUGUUAUGAGAGGGACUUGGUUUAAAGGUACCCAACAAGGUAAUUGGGAGCCACUUGAUGAAAAACAGGCAUUUGUAAUCGAAGAAGCCCAUUGUGGAGUUGUAAGAUCAUUAGGAAUGGGCACACUCGAUAUGAACACAUCUAAUAAUGUUAUACACAAAAUCAAACUUGAUUCCAAUCGUGUAGAAUGGCACGAAAUAUCACAAGUGUACAUGUUUAGUGAAACUGCAGGUUCUAGAUUUGUACAAAGAAUUGGUUUUAAUGGAGCUGUUGCUUUGCAUCGUGGGUAUAAUAUAGAUUGUGAUGAAAGCGAUGAUUUUGAAGAAAUUUCACACAUAGUUUUCUUAGUUCAUGGAAUCGGGCAGAUGUACUAUGAUGGAGGAGGUGUUUUGCAUAACAGAAAAAACUUUGUUAACACCAUAGAAAAAAUAAAUAAACAAUUUUAUAAAGAUAAAAAACAUCAUGGACGAAUUGAGUAUUUUCCGAUUGAAUGGCGAACCAAACUUAAGCUUGAUGAAGGCAUAAUAAAAACAGUUACACCAUCAAACAUUAGUAGUCUUCGCAAUGUUAUAAAUGGAACAACUUUAGAUGUUUUGUAUUACACCAGUCCUUUAUACAAAGAAGAAAUCAUAUCAAUGCUACGUCAGAUAUUGAACUCUGUGUAUAAACAAUACACUGAAAAAAAUCCAUCAUUUGAAAAAAAUGGGGGUAAAGUAUCCAUAAUUGCUCAUUCUCUUGGAAGUGUCAUUGUAUAUGAUGUUCUUUCCUGUUGGAACUCCCAUUUAAUCGAAGAAGACAAAAAAAGUGCUGACCUACAAGUAGCAAUUUCUGAAAAAUCAUACUCAUGGUUAUGGGGAUGGAGUAAGGAACAUCAUGCUGAAACUAAAACUGACCCAAAUAAUUUGCAUUAUCGUUUGUAUAAAGCUAGAUUGGAGGUUUCUAAUUUAGAGUAUCAACUUGCAGCUAAUGAUAAUGAAAAUAAGUUAUCAGACAAGUUCUAUUCUCUUUGUUUUAAGGUUGAAAACGUUUUUAACAUUGGUUCACCACUGGCUGUCUUCUUGAUUAUGCGCGGAAUACGGCCGCAAUCAGACGUGGAGCAGCACAUUUUGCCAACUUCUGUUUGUAAAAGAUUGUUUAAUAUCUACGAUCCCGCUGAUCCCCUGGCUUAUCGCUUGGAGCCUUUAAUUUAUGAACAUUACUCUAAUAUACCCCCGGUGCGUGUUACGCAAAUAUAUUCGGAGUUAGAAAAGUCAAAGUAUCAAGCAGCGGGAUCGACAACACAUGGAAAUUGGCUCACUGCGUUAUUUAAAGCUGGUAAAGAAAUUGAAUGCCACGUUGAACUUUCUGAUGCCCCGUCAGCUGCAUCGAGUGCAUCUAGUGCGGAAAAAGGUUCAAAGAAAAGUGGUAUAAAAGAUAAAUCUGAGAAUGUCGGUGUAAAAACUUUAGUCCAGCGUAUUGAUUACGUAUUGGAACAAUCAAUUGUCGAAUAUCUUUCGGCAAUAACAUCUCACCAAGCUUAUUGGCAAAGUUUAGAUUUCGCCAAAUUUGUUCUUCAAAUCACUUACGCUGAUGAUGACGAAUUGCAAAACCGACAAAGUUGUCGAUUGUAAUUAAUUGUAAAAUAAUAUAUAUAUUAAUAGCGUGUUUUUUGAGAAAAAUAUGAUAAUGUAUCAAAGUUGUAAAUAAAACAUCCAAUAAAUAAACUUAAUAAUAAUUUUUUCAUGAAAUGUCUUCAAAAUAUUCGUAACUAGUUAAAAAGGACCCGUAAAGUGAGCUAGGUAAGUUGAAUAUGUUAAUUCUAUCUAUUAGAUUUUCCUUGUAGUAACUUUUUGUAUUAAAAAAAAUAAUGGG